UGACAUUACAGUGUCAGUGGUAAGGUUAGGAACACUGGGACUUCAAAGUUGCAAUAUUUAUAUCAAUUUAAAUAAUAUAAUUUGAUGUGAAGUUAUUGUUUGAUAUCAAACUUGCCCCAUUUUUCAGUCGUAUAAAUAGGAUUAAUCCAUCCGCUGCUCAGCUGAAUGUCUGCCAGUGUAAAUCCGCCUGACUAUAUCUGAAUACUUGAAACCUGGCCAGUGUGCACUGUUCAUUGGGAACCAUCACUUCAGGCAUUUAUAUCUGGCUUCCAAUCGUGAGACGAGAGUUGCUUUUCAAUCAGACAAGUGGCCGAAGCCAAACUUUCGGAUUCCUCGAUUGGUUCAGCAGCUGAAUGCCAAAGACUGGACAGUAGGGUGAGAAAUAGCUUUGACUGUUGAAGCAGUUAAAAGCUUAAAAAAGCCCCGACAUACACAACUAGCAGUGAUUCGUCAGAGAGACUCGUUGAAACAUCAGUCGCACUGUGAAAGCUUUGGCGAUACAAGUAUUUUAAGAAUAUCCUCGUAUUCUUCCAGCUUGAAGGGCACUCUUCUGAACAUGGGUACCUUGUGCCUUCUGCCUCUGUUGCUGGUGUUUACUCGGGGUGAAGCAGAAACGGCAGACUGUAAAGGGGGCUUUGAUGCGCUGGGCAUGCCUGGAAGCCCAGGUUACAAUGGGAUCCCGGGCAGGGAUGGACGUGAUGGAAUUGUUGGAAAAGAUGGAGAACAAGGUCCGAAAGGUGCGAGGGGCGAAGCCGGGAGUGUGGGCAUGAUGGGACCUCCGGGGGCAAAAGGAGAAGCCGGUCCGGGGUGCACCUGCCCGCCGCAGUUGCGUUCUGCUUUCACCGUCCGAGUGAACUUCAAAGGCACGCCUCCUUUAAACAAACCCAUCAGGUUUUCCAACUUAAUUUACAACGAGCAGGACCACUACAAUCCUCACACGGGGAUAUUUGUGUGUCGUAUCCCCGGCGUGUACCACUUCGCAUACCAGCUCCAACUGAAUGGCAGGGGCGUCGUGGCACACCUGUAUCACAACAGCCGGACAGUGUUAAGAACCUCACAAAAGCUCAACAAUUCUGACACAGCCAUAACCUCCAGUGGUACCAUUUUGCACCUGAGGAUUGGGGAUACGGUCUGGCUACAAGUCAACACCGAGCAAGACGGCAUUUCCAUUGGCAGCCUUUUCACCGGCUUCCUUCUGUAUCCAGACUUUCCUUAAUAAUAAUAAUAAUAAUAAUCCUUGCAUUUGAUAUAGUGCCU